AUGAAAUGGCACUAUCGUAAAGCAGGAGAUCGUAAAGCUUCCACCUUGCUCCACCGACCUCCGCCCGGCCUCCGCUCGGCUCCACCAGCCUCCGCCCGGCCUCCACCAGCCUCCGCCCGGCUCCACCAGCCUCCGCCCGGCUCCACCGGCCUCCGCCCGGCUCCACCGGUCUCAGCCCGGCCUCCGCCGGCUCCACCGGUCUCAGCCCGGCCUCCGCCCGGCUCCACCGGUCUCAGCCCGGCCUCCACCAGCCUCCGCCCGGCCUCCACCAGCCUCCGCCCGGCUCCACCAGCCUCCGCCCGGCUCCACCAGCCUCCGCCCGGCUCCACCAGCCUCCGCCCGGCUCCACCAGCCUCCGCCCGGCUCCACCAGCCUCCGCCCGGCUCCACCAGCCUCCGCCCGGCUCCACCAGCCUCCGCCCGGCCUCCACCAGCCUCCGCCCGGCCUCCGCCCGGCUCCACCCGGCCUCCACCAGCCUCCGCCCGGCACCAACCGAACUAA